GGCAGCCCAGGCAGGAGUCCUCCUCCUCCACUCGUGAUGCUGCUGUGGGCUUAUAAGAAGAAGACUUGCACAGAGCAGCACAGAUGAUCUCCACAGCCCGCCGCACCUCUCUGCACUCGGAAAAGUUCCCUACGAUCGCAGUGCAAGCUGCUGGACUACUCCAAGGCGGCCAUCCCUGAGACAGAGGGGAGGGGAGUGGGACUGUGCCAAGGCUCCAGCCAGACCAGGAGGAGGAGGAGGAGGAGAAGCAGCUCCUUACACUGGAGGACUCCUUGGGUGUGCGGCUGAGGCACACUCAGGGUGCAGAGCUGGAGUGAAGCGACCGGAUAAGUAUGGCAGGAGAGCUGUCCAUUGCACCAGAAUUGCCAACCAGUCCACUUGCCAUGGAGUACGUCAAUGACUUUGAUUUGAUGAAGUUUGAUGUCAAGAAAGAACCACUUGGCGGCCGACCAGAUCGCACGAUCCGCCAGUGCAAUCGUUUGCAGCCAGCAGGCUCGGUGUCCUCCACUCCUAUAAGCACUCCUUGCAGCUCGGUGCCAUCCUCACCAAGUUUCAGCCCAACAGAGCAGAAGACUCACCUGGAGGACCUGUACUGGAUGGCCAACACUUACCAGCAGGUCCAACCAGAGGCAUUGAGCCUGACCCCUGAAGACGCUGUGGAAGCUCUAAUAGGGCCCCAUCAGAUGCCCCCUCAGCUGCAGGGCUUUGAUGGCUUCAGAGGACACCACCACCACCACCCCCAUCACAACCACCACCACCAAAACCAUCACCAGUACCAGGGCAUCCCUCAUGAAGAGCUGGCACAUCCCCACCAGCACCCACACCAUCACCACCACCACCACCACCAGGCUUCUCCAACCCCAUCCAACUCUUCCACCUCCUCCCAGCAGCUGCAGAACAGCCAUCCCCAGCACCACCAGUCCAACAACCAAGUAGAAGACAGGUUCUCCGAUGACCAACUGGUCUCCAUGUCUGUCCGGGAGCUCAACAGGCACCUGAGGGGCUUCACCAAGGAUGAUGUUAUUCGCCUAAAACAGAAGAGAAGAACCCUGAAAAACAGGGGGUACGCCCAGUCCUGCAGGUACAAGAGGGUGCAGCAGAAGCACCACCUGGAGAACGAGAAGACCCAACUCAUCCAGCAGGUGGAGCAGCUGAAACUGGAGGUCAAUCGCCUGGUGAGAGAAAGAGAUGCCUACAAGAUGAAGUGUGAGAAGCUGACCAACACCAACUUCAGGGAGACCGGCUCCACCAGUGAUAACCCAUCUUCUCCAGAGUUCUUCAUGUGAGUCUUGUGGGACAUGUCCAUCCAGAACUGUAGACGGAGGACAAGGGGGGGCUUCAGUGACUCUCCAACUUUUUGUAGGCUUUUAGGGCAGUGUUUCCCAACCAGGGGGCCUCCAUCUAUUGCAAAACUACAACUUCCAGCAUGCCCGGACAGCCGAAGGCUGUCCGGGCGUGCUGGAAGUCGUAGUUUUGCAAUAGCUAGAGGUUCACAGUUUGCAGGGUGGUCAGGGGAGUUGUAUAACUCUGCAUCGAAUGAUUGAAUUGUUGGAGGCAUACUGGUUGGGAAACACUGCUUUAGGGGAAGCGAGGAGAACUGGAGACCAACCUGAUGGAUGUUGUUGUGUCGGGGAGGCCGGGAGGGACACCACCUCGAUUUUCGGGGGUCUUGUUUUAUCCGAAAAUGGCCACAGGACUGUGUCGGACAAUAGCACUGCCACUUGGGAUCAACAAAGUACAAACAAACUUUACCUACAGAACUUUUCUCAUCAUCUUAAGACAACUGAACCUGAACAGGUGGGACAUUCAGUGCACCCCUAACCCCCCAACCCUCCCCACCGCCCCUUCCCCCUCCAUGGUUUUAUUGCCUGCUUAUAUAUAUAUAUAAAAAAAAAAAAAAAAACCUGCAUUAAAAUUAUUAUUCCUGCAUGCUGGACAUGUACGGUAAUACUUUCUAUUUUGUAUCAUGACCUUGUUUAAUCUGAGCAUGCUUUUCCUCGGCUCACACAGACUUCCAUUGCUUCUGUUGCUAUAAACUAUGUACUAGGUCUCCAUUCUUUUAGGUCUUUUUUAGUUGAGCCCCCCCCCCCCCCCCCACUUAAUCCUCCCUCCUGUAAAUACGAAGCAAUGUUCACCUAUCUACAUUUCACCCUCUUAGUCUAGGUAGCUUCCAUUCAGUAGACAGCGUGGGCCUCUUUCUUUCAUUGUGUUCAUUGUUUUUCUUAUUUUUAGUUUAUUUUUUGUUGUUGUUGUUGUUAAAGUGGUACCAUGGUGCAUUGGCUCUUUGGUUGCGUCGCUAUAUUGUUACUAUUCUGUUUUUUUUUUUUUUACAUAGUCUAUGUAGUUGUGAUGGGUAGUGACAGCCGAGAAACGAUAUAGGAAUACGAUAUAUCUAUAUCUGUGCGGGUGUAGCAGAGCUGGACUGUUAACCGUUGUUGAGAUAAAGUUUGGUAUACACAGCUCUGCUUCACCUACAUACAUAUUAAUGAUACAGUUCAGCUUCCCUAUGGAGGAUGGUGCUUUAAGUUAUUAUUUUUUUAUUUUAUUUUUUUUAUUAUUUUUUUUUAUUUUUUUUUUCUUUCCCCUAGGAAUAUGGUCUGAACUCUAUUAUUCCCCCUUAACAUAAAACACUGGCAUGUGAGUAAAAUUUUGGCUGACACCAGCAUUGUGCGAAAACCGAAAUAACCUACUCUCUGAGGACAAUAGCGGGGGCUAUAUUGUGACAGCUUAAAUGGUGACUUAUAUAGAUACUAAAUGCUUCCUAUCAACUCUGCUAUGUUCUGCGGCUUAGUCGCCUCUACACCAGCUUAGCCCAGUGAUUCCCAACCAGGGUGCCUCCAGCUGUUGCAAAAACUACCACGGGCAUGCUGGGAGUUGUAGUUUUGCAACAGCUGGAGGUUGACAGUUUGUAGCAGGGCGAUCAGGGGAGUUGUAUGACUCUGCAUCUAAUUAUUGCAUGCUGGGAGUUGUAGUUUGGCAACAGCUGGAGGUUGACAGUUUGUAGCAGGGCGAUCAGGGGAGUUGUAUGACUCUGCAUCUAAUUAUUGCAUGCUGGGAGUUGUAGUUUGGCAACAGCUGGAGGUUGACAGUUUGUAGCAGGGCGAUCAGGGGAGUUGUAUGACUCUGCAUCUAAUUAUUGCAUGCUGGGAGUUGUAGUUUGGCAACAGCUGGAGGUUGACAGUUUAUGCAGGGCGAUCAGGGGAGUUGUAUAACUCCGCAUCUAAUUAUUGCAUGCUGGGAGUUGUAGUUUGGCAACAGCUGGAGGUUGACAGUUUAUGCAGGGCGAUCAGGGGAGUUGUAUAACUCCGCAUCUAAUUAUUGCAUGCCGGGAGUUGUAGUUUUGCAACAGCUGGAGGCACCCUGGUUGGGAAACACUGAUCUAGCCAAAUCGAUUGACUCCUUUCUUCUAUCUAUUGCUCAGUUUAUUUAUAAAUAUAUAUAUAUAUAUGUGUGUAGCAGUUAUUUGCAGCCGGUCGCUGUGCGGUUUCAUUAAUUUUCUGCAGGUCAGUAAAAGUAAAGUGACGCUUUAGGAUCACAGCGAACCAGAUUAAGAAAAAAAAUUUAAAAAUUACAUUUUUAUAUAUAUAUAUAUAUCUUUCUUUUUAUUUUAUUUUUUGGUUGUUUUUGUUCCUUUGGAAUGUUUGCACUGCUGGUGCAGAUGCAUUUAAAAAAAGAAAAUUUUGAAUAAUUUUUUUUUUUUUCUUUUUAGUUUUGUCUCUAUAUAAGUUAAUGGUAGGAAACAGGAUUCUAUGGACAGCGUGAUGCUUAUGUUCUUACAAUACCAAGGAUUUCUGUCAAUGCAUCAGCAGCGGGGGAGG